GUGCCUCGCCAAUGAAGCCGCUGCACCUGCUCGUGCUGCUCAUUUUGCCCCUUGGGAGUAGCGGCGGUGGUGACAGCGGGGGGGUGGUGCUCCCCCGCGACUUUGAGAAAGACAUGAGCGAACUGGACUUGAGCGGCCUGGAGGGAGACAUCGAAGGCAUCGAUGAAGUAGCUCACAGGGAUUACUACCAAUACGUGACGCAGCUGUACGUCUAUGUGCGUGUGGACGGGAAAUACAGGACCUUCCGAAAUCACCCGCAGCUGAUCCGCCUCGGGGAGAAGUACAUGACUCUCCUGCAAAACGCAAUGAUUAACGUCCAGCUGAGGAGAACGGGAAUUGGGAUCUUCACCUGCUUCUACCAGGACAAAGCCAUCACGGAAAACCUAGUUACGUACUUCCUAAUGCAGAAGGAGGUGGACUUCUUGGAAGUUGGCUUCGAUAGGCGCUUCCCAGAGGGGAGAUCCGCGCCCAUUGUUGACGUGGACGGGAGGGUAACACCGCAGGGGCACCCCCACGAGGAGUUAUAG